AUGACAAAUGUCAUGCAAGCUACGAAUCCAUUUGAUGACACCUUUGAUUCAGGUCCCGUGGAUUCGUCAUUGCGGGUAAACAGCAGCAACAACAACAACAACCCCUUUGACUAUGAUCCGUCUGCUGGUAUCAAUCCAUUUGCGUCAACGGAUUCAGCGGGAGAAGAUACCACCACAUUGGAUGAUAAUUUGGACGUCCCUUCAGGAGCACCGGUGGAAGCUUCCUGGCAAUAUCUUGGCGAUUUGCCGUAUCGACGGGUUCCAAUCUACAACAAUGUACGAUGGUGCGAUGAGGGUAACGGAAAUUCGGACGUCUUAAAUUAUGGCUUGUCUGCAUUUCCUAGAGCUGCACUGCAACGACAUCCGGAAAUGCUGAAUCCCAAGGAAUUGCGAGAAUUGCUCAGUACUUCCACCGUUACCAAAGUCGUGGGUUGUCCACAUGGUGGACCCAUAGCGUCUGUGACACUGCCAAUUGUGGGACAAACUGCCUGGUUCAGUCAGACAGAAAUCCGCAUCAUGACUAGUGCAGGUCGCCAAUUGGCAAGGAUUGACUUUCCGUUGCCAGAAAUGCUUGAUCGAGGCAAAUACUCGCCAUCUGACAUUGCGGAAGUUGGAUUCACUGAUCGAACAACUCUGGUAAUUCUUUUGCGAGACUCUCUUUGUUUGACUUAUGAUUUGACUGGAGAGCCACUCCUGCCACCCUUUCACCUGUUGCCCAAGUCUGGGACAGAAGGACAAGGAUUUGAAUUGAAGCAUGCGACCGUGUUUGAAGGAGGCGCCGCAGUCUUGUCGAUUGCCAAGCAGUCGGCAAUGGUCGAAUUCUUGGACGAGCAUGAUGAUCCUUCUUAUUUUUCUAGUGCUCAUGCGGGAGCCAGAAAGAUUUUUCCGGACACUACAAUUUCAGAUUCUUUGGGAGGUAAGGGAGACUCGAUUGCCUCCUUUUGCGGUCUGGUCACCACAUUGCCCACGGCGGCAUUUGCCAGUGAAUACUUUUACUCCUAUGCUACUAUUGCAGUACUUCCAAGGACCCGAACUGCAUCCCGCCACCCGGAAAUCUUUUUGUCCACAACGGACAACUCGGUCGUUGUUGCCGAUGCUGCCACGACAGAAUUGAAGGAUUUGGAUUGUCGCUCGCAAAUAUCUUCACCGAUUGUAGCAAUGACAUUUGCUCCCAAUGGCCGUUUUCUAGCAUGCUUUACAGAGGCGUCGAUGCUGACGGUCAUUUCCACAACCUUUGAAACAAAGGUGCUAGACUUUGACACAUCGGAGGGCUCCAGACUGCCACCGUUGGAAAUGACGUGGUGUGGUGAAGACAGUGUCGUUCUGCAUUGGAAGAAUCUUGGAGUUCUCAUGGUUGGUCCCUAUGGUGAUUGGCUGCGAUUUCCCUACGAGAAUCAAGGCAAUCUGUAUCUCAUUCCUGAAAUGGAUUGCUGUCGAGUGGUCACUGAUGUCGCUGUGGAACUACUCCAACGGGUGCCACCUGCUACAGCUCUUUUGCUCCGAAUUGGCUCAAUUGAACCCGCUGCCAUGUUACUCGAUGCGACCGAUGCCUUUGAAAAUGGUUCCCCGGCUUCUGACGAGGCGGCGAAAUCUAUCACAGACUCGGGCAUGCUAUUGGAAGCGAUAGAAGGAUGUAUCGAUGCAGCAGUUCGAGAGUUUGACAUCACUACUCAACAAAGGCUGCUCCGAGCGGCAUCGUAUGGAAUGCAUUUUUCAUUCAAGGAUGGAUCCAGAGAAAAGAGAGCCAUCAUGGGAGGGAAACCCGAGGAAGGACAAGAUGAAAUGGCUCUACCAUCCCCACUUACUUCCAAGUUUGUAGAGUCUGCUCGCAAGCUCCGGGUUUUGAACGCUGUUCGGAAUCCAUCGGUUGGUUUCGUCAUGACUUCUUCCCAAUACGAUUCCAUCACCCCAAUAGGUGUAGUCGCCCGUCUGAUUGCAACCAAUCGAUCUGCAUUAGCGUCAUCCAUUAGCAAAUACUUGUCGCUUCCAAAAGCUGUCCAGCUGUUUGCCCGAGCUUCCAAAGCUGCUGCUUUUGUGGCUGGACAUAAACAACUUUCUGAUUCGGAUGCUGCCCAAGGUGCCAUGCAAAUUGUUCACGAAGCAAUCCCAUCCCAACCUUCCAAGAGUUUGUCAUCCAGCGUCAUUCGGGGUGGAUAUGCGACGGUUGCCAUGGCUGCCAACAAGGCUGGACGACCUGGAGUUGCAAACCUUUUGUUAAUGUUGGAGACAAGUGUAGCAGACAAAGUUCCGGCACUCAUUUCGACUGGAUCCUAUGCGGAUGCUGUUGCAGUGGCAACUUCGGCGAGCGAUGCCGAUUUGGUGUUCCACACAAUCAUGGCAUAUCAAAAGUACUGUUAUAUGAGCACACAAGAUACCGGUAGGGCGAACCAAGCGUUCAUGAGUACAGUGACCACAAAGUUUUCGAAAGAAGCAUUCCAUACGCUGCGAAGAUACAUGUCAACACUACCCGAUGUCAAGGAAGCCUUGAACCUCCAGCUACGGGCUCAAAAGUUUACUGACGCGGGGGUGACAAUGGCUCGAAGGGCUCUGGACAAGAGGAAGGAUACGCGAGAAAGGCUGAGUAUUCUUGCGGAGAGUUCUCGUGUCUUUGGAAUGGGCAAGGAAAAUGCCUUCUACAAGACAUGUACUGAUGACUAUCUCGAACUACUAAAGGAUCAAGAGGUCCUGCGGACAAAAUAUUCGUCACCCGAUGUGGCCCCUGAAUCAUCCUCAGUGGCAGCCACCAUUGCUUCCGUGUUGCACUACGCCGCGAUCAAUGAGAGGGAAAAGCACCGUCUGCUGACUGAUGCCGACAAAAUUGCCAAGAAAUUCAGAAUACCCGAAAAGCUUCUGUGGCACACAAAGGUCAGGGCUUUUGCCGAGACUGGGCUGUGGGGCAAUCUACGAACAUUGGCCGAUUCACGAGCAAAGCCUCCCAUCGGCUUUAAACCAUUUGCCCGAGCGGCGAUUCGAGGAAAUCAGAGCUCCAGUGAAAAGAUGCGAUACAUUGAACGUGUGAGCGAUCCAGAGGAACGAUAUGGUCUCUUUUGUGAGGCGCUCAUGUGGAAGCGAGCAUUGGAGGAAGCUUUCAAGAUGAAAGAUGAACACCGUAUUAUGAACGUCAAAGGAAGUUGUAACAGUCCCGAAUACCAAAUGAUGGCAGAUCAACUCUUGGCGAGGCUGGCUUAA